CUCUGUGUGUAGCGUGUGAGUAAUAGGCUCCACCACACCACUGGCUCCUAUAAACAUGUUGUUGACACCACAGUCGCGCACAGUCAGAUACCUGGUCGACCCACAUCGUCCCCUCUGGCGUGCUCCGGGAGAAGAACAGCAUGUUUGCAUACAGGCGACGGAUAUCGCUGCUGCUGUUGCGAGCUGCGUUCACUGAGCAUCUGUGCCUUUAGAGACUUUGUAAUUGCGCCUGUUCCACAGCCGCGGUCCAACUUGCCACAACUCCGACGUACGCGCUCGGCGAGCACUACCUUAACAUCGAGAGGCACUGGCUCACCCUUCACAGCUAGACCCAUGGAAUAAUAACUAUGGAAUACCACUGGAUACUGCUGGCUGUCUUUUUACACUUAACUUUCCGUCCAGGCAACACCAAGCCAAUCAUUACCCCCAUUAACAAGGAUCACCUUGUCAUCGAUCUCAACCAACCCUUCGAGCUGAUUUGCCAUGGUGAGAAGGAGAUCCGAUGGCAGCGGGAGGGCCGGCCGAAUGUGAGGCAGCGGGGCGAGAAGAGGAUCAAUGGGAUGUCCACGCUGCACAUCACCAGGGCUCUGCCCAAUCUCAUGGGCCGCUACAUCUGCCUGGAGAAUAGCACCGGGGAGCAAUCGUCCAUCUACAUCUAUGUUCGAGAUCAUGAAAAUCCCUUCAGAAAAUCAAUGGUGUUCAACAUUCUCACUCGUGUGGGAGAAAAUGCAACCAUCCCCUGCCUGGCAACAGAUCCAAGUUUGGACAACCUGCGCCUGGAAACAUGCUCCAGCGGAGCACCGGCCUCUGGGCUCCAGUACUCUGCGAGCCUGGAACAAGGCAUCAUCAUCCCCAAUGCGCAAAAGGCCUACGAAGGUUGCUAUGUAUGCACAGGAAAACUCAGGGAAAGGUACAUCAGAUCACAUGACUACUACCUGACAGUGAGACCAGUCCCCGUCGCUCGUCCUGUGAUUGAGAUGCAGGCCCCAAAAAGACUGAUUCUCAGACAGGGCGAGAGUCUUUCACUCACCUGCAACACCACCAACGUCAAUGGAGAGAUCAAGAUGCGGUGGGUGACCCCACCUGGUUCGGGUGCCGUCUGGUAUCCACAGCAACCAGCAAAGGUUGACGGUGCGUCUCAUAUCCUGACGGAGCACUUCACUCAUGUGCGUAGCUCCACAUUGCACAUCGCGGUGGUCAGACAACAAGAUGCCGGGAGGUACCGCUGUGAGGCUGAGAAUGGCAUGGGGGUCAGCACGCAGUCAGUGUGGCUUGAUGUUUAUGACAGAGGAUUCAUAAACUUAACGCCCACGAGCAACAGAACCAUCCGCGUCCGCUCAGGUGAGAGUUUGUCCCUAAACGUUGACAUGGAGGCGUAUCCCAAACCACACACCUUCUCAUGGAGCUUCAUGGGCCACGGGCUGAAGAACACCACCGACCAUGUCAUCACGACACUCAGCCAUGAAUAUAGGUAUGGCAGUGAGCUGAGGCUGGUGCGACUGAAAAUGUCAGAAGGGGGAGUUUACACAUUUCGAGCCGCCAACAGUGACGCAGCAGUAAAUCAGACGUUCACCAUCUUUGUAAUCAGUAAACCCGAGAUUGUAUCCCAUGAUGGCCCAGUGGAUGGACAGGUGCGCUGUGUGGCGGAGGGGUUUCCUGCCCCCCAGAUCACCUGGUACUACUGUGAGCAGCCGUACAUCAGAUGCUCCCAGCAGGGCAAUGCCACCCAUGAGGAGCAAAAUGUCCUCACCGUCACACUGUCCAGCCCAAUAUUUGGAAAGACAGAGGUGGAGAGCCGGGUCAAUGUCAGCAGGGGACGAUUCAAUACUCUGGAAUGUGUGGCCACGGUGGACGGGGAGCAGGCCUACACACUCUUCUCUAUCAGUGAGAGAACUGUUCCCCAUGAUCUCUUCACCCCGCUGCUUAUUGGCUCUGUAUCAGCGGCAGGCAUCCUCUGUCUGGUCCUCAUCCUGCUGUUCUACAAGUACAUGCAGAAACCCAAAUACCAGAUCCAGUGGAAAGUUAUCGAGGGCAUCCAUGGAAACAACUAUGUGUACAUUGACCCCACCCAGCUACCAUACGAUCAUCAGUGGGAGUUUCCUCGGAACAACCUGCGUUUUGGGAAAACGCUGGGAUCUGGUGCAUUUGGGAAAGUGGUGGAAGCCACCGCAUACGGACUCUCCAAAGCAGAUUCGGUCAUGACAGUCGCUGUGAAAAUGCUCAAAACAAGCGCUCAUGCCACAGAGAAAGAGGCCCUGAUGUCGGAGCUGAAAGUCCUCAGUUACUUGGGAAACCACAUGAAUAUUGUCAACCUGCUGGGAGCCUGCACUGUUGGAGGCCCUACACUUGUGAUAACAGAGUACUGCUGCUUUGGAGACCUUCUCAACUUUCUACGACGAAAGAGAGAAUCCUUCAUCUGCAACAGCGAGGAAGACUGCCACUAUCGCAACAUCGCACCGCCGAGCGACGCUGCAGGAGACAGCUUGAACAGCUACAUGACCAUGAAGCCUUCUGUUGCUGGCAGCCAUCCCUUCAGUUCGUCCCCUGAGAAGAGACGCUCGCCACGCAAAGGUGGCUCCUACGUUGAAGCAGACGCAGAGAGUGAGAUGUUUGACGAGGAUGGUUUGUCUCUGGAUACCGAAGACCUUCUCAGCUUCUCUUAUCAAGUGGCCAAAGGCAUGGAGUUCUUGGCCGCCAAAAAUUGUAUCCACAGAGACCUGGCAGCCAGAAAUAUCCUCCUGACUCAAGGAAGGGUGGCAAAGAUCUGUGAUUUUGGCCUGGCUAGGGACAUCACUACAGACGCCAACUAUGUAGUCAAAGGAAACGCACGUCUGCCGGUGAAAUGGAUGUCUCCAGAAAGCAUCUUUGAGUGCGUGUACACGUUUGAAAGUGACGUGUGGUCCUACGGCAUCUUGCUUUGGGAAAUCUUCUCUCUAGGAAACAGCCCUUAUCCUGGUAUGCCUGUGGAUGCCAAGUUCUACAAACUGAUUAAAGAAGGAUACAGAAUGGAUGCUCCAGAGUUUGCACCCCGUGACAUGUAUGAGAUUAUGCGGUCCUGCUGGGAUGCUGACCCCCUCAACAGACCCCCCUUCAGGAAGGUUGUGGAAAGGAUUGAACAGCAGCUCUCGGAUGCCGCUAAGCAUAUUUAUCUGAACUUCAGCUUCAGGCUUCCUGUGACGCCCAGAGAGAGGGAGGAGCCCAGUUCACAGAGCGCAGCGUCUCACAGCCUCAACUCAGCAGGCACUCAUAGCGCUGCGACUCAGCCCUUACUGGUCCAGCACGAGGUCUUCCUGGAGGGGACGACCCUCACAGCCCAACGGGUGUGAGCAACCCACCCGACCUGUCUGGCUGCCUCAUAAAGUGCCUGAAGCGUUCCGCCACAUACCAACCCCCCCACUACACCAUUCCACUGACCCGAUCCCAGCCGCACAUGUCACGUGUGCAGACUGAUGGAAAUCACUGUGUAUGAAAAGAAAGAACAACCAAGGACAAAUGGCUUUUAUAGUUCUUCUCACUAUCAUUGCCUAGUACAGUUGAACUAAUUCUCCCCUACUGACAAAGAAUUGUCGAGGUACCCGGGACGGACUCAAGUCGUUACUAUAAAUCAAGUUCAAUUUUACACUGUUAUCCAUUUUUGUUAUUUUCCGUUUUACAUUUUUUCCUACACAUUUCAUAAAGGUUGUUUUAACACACUCCGUAUAACACUUUCUAUCUAUUUGAGUUUAUCUUUUUUCUUUUUACAUUUUGCUGUUCUUUGUUGUUUUCUGUCUUGGAAACGUGUGUAGCGCUUUCAUUUUUGGUUGGCUGAUGCAAUUGUUGGAAGAAAGGCAUUUCAGCUUCACAUCAUUCCAUACACUAUGUAAAACUUUGUUUGUUUCUCGUUUUGUUUCGUUGUACUCCUUUGUCAGUAUUACUUCCACCUGUUCAGAUCUGUGUUUAUAAGAAGGAGUUACUUUUCUGGGGCCAAUUUAAUUUGCGAUAUAGAGACAUUGGUAUAUAAGCUAUUAGACAACAUGGUUGGACCAUGCUUAGAGUCCAUAAGUGCUUCAAGUCUUUUAGGAGAUUCAUGUGUGCUCUUUUUAUCUUGGUUGUUACUAUAGAUUAGAGAGCAAGAAACUGCAUUUACCAGAUCUGAUUAAAACAUGGAUCAGCCCAUUAUUACUCUACCCACAGUUGUCUUCACACAGAUUAGGUAUGAACACGGUACGCUGGUUUUCCAUUUAUGUGCUUGUUGACUGUAUAUGUGUAAAUAACUGACAGUAAUGAUCAUAGUUAUUGCUAUAAGAUGACGAAAUGGAAAGAGCUGGACAAAGGAGACACUGUGUGAAACCUGUGACUCUAAGCAUUUGUCUCGGUUUUGCUACAUUAGCAGGUAAACCAGGCGUAUACCUGUAGUUUCACUUUUUGACAGCCAGACUGCUGUAGAGUUCUCUUGUAAAGGUGUAAAUAACUGUUAAGGUGUAUAUGGUUGCUCUCCUGCCACAUCCAGUGUACGAUCUAUGUUUACAAGCACGACACAGGUGCCAUUCCUGAGAUGUGGAUUCUUUGCUUUUCACCUUCUUCCACUUCACGAAGGAUCAGGAAAUGGGAACUCUCUGUUUUGGCUGACAGAAAGUUGUAUGGUCUACGUUGUGGUGAAAGUCCGCAUGAAGCUCAUGUGAAAGGCCGUGAAGCGGACUGCAGAACUCCCUGAGGUGACAAGUCAGAAGAAAGCGGACGCUCUUCAAGGCUCUCUGUUGAGCGGUCGACACUGGGUAUGGGAUCGGUGUUGGUCAUCUCAUUGUUCUCCAGCCAGUAGCUGGCUUCCCAGCAGUCCUUCUCUUCUUUGUGUCCAGCUGCUUCCUCCAUCAGGAGUGGGACUUUCAGUACCUCUCAGCCAGUAGUCUGUUUCAGUCCAGACCAUAAUGAUUCCCCUCCUCCCACUGGUGGAUAUUGUUGUGAAGAGUAUCAGGAAAGUGUCCUGUUUGCGUGUAUGAACUUGUGUGUUUGUGUAUGUAUGUGAGGAUGUACGUCUAUUUGUAUAUUAGUCUGUGUGCACGUCUGUGUGAUUGUUGAAUUAAAAUAUUUACUGUAAAGAGGUGCCACUACAAAUCAUUCAUCAAGUCAUUUAGGCUAUCAAAACCCCACAGUCUUAGCGCUCUCUCUUUUUGUAAAUAUAAAUGUGCGUAUGUACUUUACUGUAUGUAAAGUAACGUUGAUGCUUUUGAAGAUGUUUAUCUCAAUGAAGAUGUGGUACACUGAUGCAGAAAUGAAUUGUGAUAUUUUUGAAUGAGUGUGAAGAGAUUUACAACUGUGGAUUCAACUGGAAAAGCUGCUUGUUUCUCUGUCACCACAGAAACUUAAAAAAGACGAGGUUCACUUUGGCUAAUGUUUUUAUUUUGGCUAUUUCAUCAUUUCAAACAGUCCACUUGGAAACUGCCCCAUGGUCCUAUCUGAUCAGCAAUAUUAAGGGCAAUAUCAGCUAAAAUGAAAAUACUAACUUGGAAGGAGCUGCCUCGGACUCAAAGAUUAUUUUACAUCUUGUUGCUCUUCUCACACCCAAAGGUUUUUCUGCAUUUUGCUACAUAUUUAUUAAAGGCUUUAGUGUUACAGCAUAAAUUUGAUGUGUUGCUAUUACAUGUGUCAAUGUAAAUAAAACUGUGUAUAUUGAAUUGCCA